CGCCCGUAGUAUGUGCGAGCCCCGGACGGUUGCCGAGCGGAGCUGCGCCUGCCGGUCUGGGUCCGAGCCCCUUGGUUCGCGCUUUCUCCGCGCCCCCCGCUCGGCCACGCCGGCCCUCGCCGCACCAUGCCGUGCACUUGCACCUGGAGGAACUGGCGCCAGUGGAUCCGCCCGCUGGCCGUGGUCAUCUACCUGGUGGCCAUCGUCGUGGCCGUGCCUCUCUGCGUCUGGGAGUUGCAGAAACUGGAGGUCGGUAUUCACACCAAGGCAUGGUUCAUUGCUGGAAUCUUCUUGCUCUUGACGAUCCCUGUGUCACUUUGGGUCAUCCUGCAGCACUUGGUACACUACACGCAGCCUGAGCUCCAGAAACCCAUCAUUAGGAUUCUCUGGAUGGUGCCAAUAUACAGUUUGGAUAGUUGGGUAGCGCUUAAAUAUCCCAGCAUUGCCAUAUACGUGGACACCUGCCGAGAAUGUUACGAAGCUUAUGUUAUUUACAACUUCAUGGUAUUUCUCACCAACUAUCUGACUAAUCGGUACCCGAACCUGGUCCUAAUCCUCGAAGCCAAAGAACAGCAGAGACAUUUCCCUCCUCUAUGCUGCUGUCCACCCUGGCCGAUGGGAGAGGUAUUGCUGUUCAGGUGCAAACUAGGUGUGCUACAGUACACAGUUGUCAGGCCCUUCACUACUAUCAUCGCAUUAAUCUGUGAGCUGCUUCAUGUGUAUGAUGAAGGGAACUUCAGUUUCUCAAAUGCUUGGACUUACUUGGUUAUAAUAAAUAAUAUGUCACAAUUGUUUGCCAUGUAUUGUCUUCUGCUGUUUUAUCAAGUACUGAAGGAGGAACUGAGUCCAAUCCAACCUGUGGGCAAAUUUCUUUGUGUUAAGCUAGUGGUCUUUGUUUCUUUUUGGCAAGCCGUGGUGAUUGCUCUGCUGGUGAAGGUGGGUGUCAUCUCGGAAAAGCACACGUGGGAGUGGCAGACAGUAGAAGCUGUGGCCACAGGACUCCAAGAUUUUAUCAUCUGCAUCGAAAUGUUCCUUGCUGCUAUUGCCCAUCACUACACGUUUUCAUAUAGGCCCUACGUCCAAGAAGCAGAGGAGGGAUCCUGCUUUGACUCCUUUCUUGCCAUGUGGGAUGUCUCAGAUAUCAGGGAUGACAUAUCAGAACAAGUCAGACAUGUCGGAAGAACCGUCAUGGGACAGCCUCGUAAGAAAUUUUUUCCCGAGGAUCAGGAUCACAAUGAACAUACAAGCUUGUUGUCCUCAUCUUCACAAGAUGCGCUUUCCGUUGUCUCUGUGCCGCCAUCCCCUGCCGGCCACUACCAGGGGUUUGGACAUACUCUGACUCCUCAGACUACGCCUGGUAUGGUUGGGGAGAUCCCAGAGAGACCCGAAAGUCCAAACUAAGGACUUCCUGAAUGCUGUGCUUGGACACGCCCUGAAUAAUGGAACUUUCAGUAGAAAGAUCGGUGGCUGCAAGACGCACUCAGGGAUCUAAGGAUCCUAGAGCUUCUUCACCUGGUGGAUCCCAAUGCUCAGGACAAUGUGCUGGGAGAAGCCAUAAAUGAUAGGAAAUCUUCAAACAACGUUAGGUGAGAACAAGGUACAGGUGUUGGACUUCUCUAGCUAAAUUUUGUAUCUCACAAAUAAUAGAUCUAUACACUCUAGAUUUAGACUUGAUUUCUUAACAUCUGGCACAUUAUCACACAGUCCUCAAAUGGCUAACAUGUUCCCACGUAUUACCUUGCUUUAUCAAGGCAGACAUUAUUUUUUAAAUAAUGCUUCCUAGAACUGCAUGAAUAUAAAGCUCUGGAAGUAGCAGAGAGUAAAUGUGGAAAUAUGAACUAGUGGAACUUAAUCAUGAUCAUGUGCCAUAUAUGGUUGCCUAACAAUUUCUCUUUCUCAAUUGGUUAUCUUUCAAUAAAGAAUUUGUCAUUUA